ACAAUUUAAUAGUAACAUCUAUAUCACAAUAAUAAUAUAAUGAAGUUAACUAACGCUGCUAUCCUUACUAUCUUGGCUUCAAGCACUUUCGUUUCUGCCGCUCCUGCUAUUGUCACUUCUGAGCAAUCACUUGUUAAAAGAGCAGAUGUCAAUGAAGUUUUAGAAAUCUUAGAAGAAUUAAAGACUUUAAAAGUAAAGAGAGAACUUCUCGAAGGUGAAGAAUUAGCUGCCCUUGAAAAGAGAGCUGACAGUGUUAUUGGUAACUUAAUUUCUGCUUUACUUAACUCUGGUAUCAUUAGUGAUGUAUGGUCCACCUUAACUACUAAUCCUGCAGUUUCUGCCGAGAUUAAAACUAUUAUUGAAUCUGCCAUCAAAGGUGCCAUUGUUGAAGGUCCCGCUUUAAUUUCAGCCAUCUGGAAUUCCGGUUUACUUUCUAAACUUUUUAAUGACUUUGUUAAUGAUCCAGAUUUAAAGAGUGCUUUCCUUGGUGUUGCUAAAGCCAUUUUCACUACUGGUCUUAACUUGAUUAAAUCUUGGUUAGGAUUAAAUUCUUCUUCCGCUUCAACCACAACUGCCGCUGCUGCUCCUGCUGCUUCUGGUGCUGCCAAGAGAGAUUUAGUCUUAAAUGGUGACUCUGAAUUCAUAGAUAAGAGGGAUGUUGCAUCCAUUGUCUCAUGGGUUGUUAGUGAAAUCUCCAGUAGUGGUAUUGUUUCAUCUUUAGUUAACAAAGUCUUAGCUAACCCACAAGCUUCAAUUGAUUUCUUGGCUUCUGCUUUCAAGACUGGUCUUGUUGUUGUAGAAGAUGUAUAUGGAUGGGCUAAGGGCAAUGGUUUAUUACAAGAUGGUUUGAACUAUCUUGCUGCCCAUGGUGGUACUUUUGGUUCUGCUAUUGCCUCAUUCUUGGGUGAUCAAAUUGCCUCUGGUAACGUUUCCGCUUCUGAUAUUGACAGUGCUCCACUUCCAUCAAAAUCUGCUGCUACUUCUAUUGCUUCUACUGCUGCUGUUGCCCCUCUAGCCGCACCAUUAGCUGUCAAUGGUGCUGCUACAACUGCUGCUCAAACCACUGCUGCUCCAGCCACUACUGCUGCUCCUGUUCCUACUCCAGCUGCAAGUGACGAUAAUGCUGUCCUUAAUUCUUUAAUUAAUGCAUACGGUACUCCAGCCACUACAACUGCUGCUCCAAACUUGGGAGGAAUUUCAGGUGACAUUAACACUCUUGUUGGUGCUGCCAAUCAAAUUGCUGGUUCUUUAAAGAAGAGAAGAAUUGCUUAUUAA